AGACAAACUGCUAUUGACGCAUGCGCUAAAAAGAGUGCUAUAUUCAAUGGCGGUUGUUGUGAUAGCCUAGGAUACGGAAAAAUACCUUUGAAUUUUAACUACAGAGGGUGAUCCUUGAUAUAUAAUAUUCCUCAUCGAAAUAAGCUCAUAGGAUGGCUGAUGAUGAUGAAAAAGAAAUCUUGGCUGAAAUACAGGAUAAAUAUGUACCAUUCCUAAAGAAGCUAAUCUCAUUUUUGGAGAAAACUAAAAAAGGAACACCCGAAAAUUUAGAUAAGCUUAAGUCUAUUCAUACCAUCUUUACUGCUUCAAAUGUGACAGAGCAAGUUGAAGUUUUUCGAGCAAAUAAGAAAAAAUUGGAAAAAUGGUAUACAAGUACACAGAAGGAAAAAGAAGGUGGAAGCUCAUCAAAAGGAAUCAAAAGAUCACUAGUUCUAGAAGAUACAGAUUCCUCUCAAGGAGCUCCAGAAAAUAAUUCUGUGCCCUCAAAAAGAGCUGCUACGGAUUCAGAAACUAGUUCUGAAGCUAGCACUAGACUUUCCAUAAGCUCAGUUCGGAGUAUUGGAUCAAAUCAAUCAUUAGGAAGUUCUGACAGCUUGCCAACUACUCCAAUUCCCAUCUCACAAAUCAAGAAGGAAAAACCAGACAAUAUCAGCAAACCAAAAAUUACCUCACAGCCUGUAGUAAUAAAGCCUGCAACCCCAAGUAAUCCUGUCACAGCUCCUGUCCAACAAACACAGCCUGCUUCAAAUGAAAAGUCAUCAAAUUCACCAAUAACAUUUGCAUGCGCUUCUUGUCAAUACCAGACUUUAGAUGAAACAGAAUUUAUGAAACAUGCUCGUACAGAUCAUAGAACAGAUUUAUCAAUGUGGUGUAAAUUAUGUGGCAAAUGUUUUAGUAAUGCAGGCGUUCUUGUGUCUCACAUCAAAGAGAGGGCCUGCAUUAAAGAAGAAAUGAUCUAUAAAUGUGGUGUCAAGGAUUGUGUCUUUGAAACAAUUAGUGGGCAGACAUUUGUUCAUCAUCUGCGUCACUGCCACAAGGGAAGUCCAUUUAUAUUUUGUGUACAUUGCCAAAAAAUUUUUACAUUGCCUCACUGUUUAAUUUUGCAUAUGCAAGAUGACUGCCCUUUUAAAGAUAGAAACAGACGAAAUCCAGGUAGUGCACCAGUUGAAGCUGAUUCUACAACAAACAUUCCUGCCCCUCAGAAGCCUGUGUAUACUCCUCCUGUUGUUAAUACUGCUGCUAGACUACCAACUCCAGCAACUAUUUCUAUACCAAGGGCUUCAGUACCUAGUGCUAUCAGACCUAUAGCUCCUGCAAUGACUCAUGCUCGUGGUAGUAUUGUGUCUGGCCGAGGCCGUGGGAGAGGUAGAGGCAGAGGGAGAGGACGUGGUAGACCACCAUCAGAAAGUAGUGAAUCGGAGGAAGAUCCUGAUGAUCCUUCAUGGCGUCCAGAUGAAACUUUAGGAUCAGCAACUUUAAGGCGUUCUGGUCGUUGGGCCAAAAAAGUAAAUGAUGUUAUUAAUGUUGAGCCAUCCUUAACUGGAAAGCCCAUUCCAACUCCAAAGAAAACACUUUCAUUAGCAGAUCUGAAUGUUAAAAAGAUGCUGAACUGUCCAUGUUGUGAUUUCAUGGCAGCAUUUCAGUCAGUUCUGGAAGAUCAUUAUAUUGCAAACCAUAAAGUUGCAAAUAAAAAUGCAUGUCUGGUUUGCCAUUUAAAAUUUGAAAGCACAAAAUUAUUCUUGGAACAUUUUGAAGAUCAUAUAAAGGGAAAAUUGACCAAUGUAAUGUCUUCAGUAGUUGAAAGUAAUGCUGAUACUAUAGCUGGAAAACAUAGUCCAGCUCCUGCAUCAAGUGUAAAAGACCAGCCACUUGUAAUUACAGAAGAAAAUUCACUUGAUGCGACGACUAGUUCUGAUCUCCAGAAAGGUGAAAAUCAUUCCAAACCAUCAAAUAGUGAUGAAAAUGUGGACGUAGUUGUAAAAAAUAUUUCAGAAGUAAAUAUUGUUGAUCCAACAACUGAUAAAUCAGAAAAUGUUAAAAUUCCAUAUCAAGCUGCAAUUCAUGACAAAAGUUCAAAGGACUCAAAAUUUAAAAAAUUUGCUGAGUUAAAAUCUCCAAAGGAUUUAGUAGCUAUGAGAAGUGAAGAAAAAUUAAAGCAUUUUUUUAAAUGUGUUUUAUAUCACUGUUCUUUUACAACAGAUGAUAGAAUUCAAUAUUUAGAGCAUUUGAAUGUAAACCACAAAGGGAAACGAAUGCAUUGUGCUUAUUGCUUAAGUGAAUUUUUCUGUGGCAAGUCACUUACUGAGCAUAUGUUAGUUGAACAUGGUAAACGUCAGUAUCAGUGUAGCAAUUGCUUUUACAGAGCAUUUAGUAAAAUUCAUGUACAAAUUCAUAUAAAGAAUUAUCAUGCUAAAGAUACAGGUACAGAAGUAUACACAUGCAAAAUAGUUGAGCUCCCUAGUGAUUUAAAACCAUCUGAGAGUAAUGAAUUAUCGAAUACUACAUGGCCAUUUAUAUGUGCUAUUGGCGACUGUCGUUUUCAAACAUUUGAUCCCAAAGAGUUCAAGAAUCAUAAUGAUGUAGCUCAUAGAACUGUUUCUGUAUUCUUUUGUCAUUAUUGUCAUGUUGAUUUUAUUUCUUUAAAGAGACUAAUGAACCAUUACCGGCUUCAUGGGAUCAACACAUUUCAGUGUAGCUAUUGUAUUCAUGGAUCUGAAACAAAGGAUGAGAUAAUGUUACAUCUUUCUAAUGCUCAUGCAGACCAGCCUCUUAUGGCCUAUAUGCGAGGUUCUGAGGAAGAAGCUUCAUCUGAGGCAAUGAAGAUACCAGUUUCUGUAGGACCUGAACGCAAUCAAGCUUUAGACAAACCUGCCAAAGCUGUUUCAGAUAAUUCUCAAGAAGAAUGUGCUGACACCCAGGCUGAUUCUCCAGUUCCAAUGGAAAUAAGUGUAUCAAAGGAAGAAACUCAGCAAAGCUUUGAAAGUGAAUUAUAUGUUAAUGUAGGUGGCAUGCUUUACCCAAAAGAGUUGGAGAAUAUUUUUUCGGAGCUGUACUGUGGUGUUCCUGGCUGCGAAGAUAAAGUUGAGAAUAUUUUGACUUAUAUUGGGCAUCUUAGAAAUAUUCAUGCUGCUACAAAUUUUCCUUGUCCUCAUUGCCCAGAAAUUAUGGAAACUUGGAACUCCUUUAAGAACCACUUGCAGUGCCAUGGUCCUAAUUUGUAUGCUUGUGGUUUCACAGGGUGCUCUUUUUAUCAUUCAGAUAAACAGCAAGUUGAGGUACAUUUAACAAAUCAUUUGGGUGUAGAUGUUCAGGUAGUUGUAAUACGAGAAUCUUCAGAGAAUGCAGGGAAAGUAUCGUCUAUUCUAUCCCUGCCACGUGAAUGCCCAUUUAAAAUCGGUAAUAUUCAUUUUGAAUGUUUGUUUUGCAGAUACAAAAGUAGUAAUCGGAAAGUAAUGAAAAAUCAUAUGUAUAGAGAAAUAGAAUACAGUAGAUUCUCCUGCAGUAUCUGUAACAAAAAUUGUGUUAGUAGGAGAGAGGUGAAAGACCAUUUCCUUUCUGUACAUCCUAAAGUAAAUGUAGAAUGCACUACUAAUAAAAAUUUUGAAAUAGAAAAUUGUGUCAAAAGUUUGCUGGGGCCUAAAAUAUCGUAUCCAGAUGUAAAAACUAGUGAAUGUUGUCCUAUCUGCAGUAAGAAAUUCCAGUCUUUAACUCAGUGGCAGUUACAUUUAUACUAUUGUUUGCGCAAGCAGUAUCGAUCGUAUGAUUGUGGAUAUUGCCAAGACAGUUUUUUCUCCUUAAAGGCAUUGAAAUAUCAUAUUGAUGAGCAUCAUUCACCUAAUCCUUUAUUGUUCUGUAAAGUAUCCAGUAGUAAAAUAGAUGAAAAUAUAGGCAAAUUGCUACAGCAACAUAGGCUGAAGUAUUUAAAACAGAUUUUGCAAAACAACAAUAUUAAUUGGGAGCAAGGUCAAGAAGACAACUCUCAAACAAAAUUUUACAUCUGUAGUAGUUGUUCAUUUGAAGCUACCCAUAGAUUUGUUGUUCUGAACCAUGUACAAAGUGUUCACAAAGAUAUCAGUGUAGAUAUUAAGAAAAUAUUGCGUAAAGAAACCGAGGAUGAAGCUUCCAAAGUCAUAUGCGAUGAUAAUUCAAAUGAUAGUAUUAAAAUGGUUUCAGAAGCGAAGAACAAAGGUGCUAAAGCCAAAAGAUACCGUUGUGGUUUCUGCGUCAAGAAAUUCACUUCUCUUCAAGAAUUUGAGGAUCACAUGGAGCGUACGCAUCCUGUGAUAGAGGAAGCGGAUUACUUUUAUUAUUAUUCUCCAGACACUACAAUUAAAUUCUCGGCAGAUGAUAAAGAUAUUUAUGAAUGUGCUUAUUGCAAAUCAUCUAAAGAAAACUUAUUUGCAUUACAAAAGCAUGCUGAAUUGAUGCAUUCCGAAAUGCAGUUUAAGGUAAAGGGUUAUCUUACUCAAAAUCGGGAACGGUCAGCAAUCAUGGCUUGUGCACAUUGCUAUCUUAGAUUAGAAAGCCGUGGUGAUCUGAAGCGACAUAUGAUGUCUUGUCAUCCAUCUCUACCUCAAAAAUAUAUUGGAGAUUUUCAAGGAGUUGCUGCAAAACGAAGUCUUGAUACGGGAAAUUUACCCAACAAAAAAGUAAAAUUUGAAGGCACUGUCUAUGUAUGUUCUCAUUGUGGAGCAGCCUUUUCAUCUCAGGAGCAGAUUAUCUCACAUAGCAAACAAACUCAUUCACGGUUAGAUGAAAAGUACACAUGUGGUGAAUCAGGAAUUGCAAAAUUUUAUAAAUGUGAGUUUUGCCAGUUUACUGGAGAAAAAUGCCAUCUAGAAAAUCACUUGAAGAAUAAACACAAGACAAGGGUGUUAUGUUUUUAUUGUAAUAAACGUUUUGAAUUUGCUACCAAGUUAAAAGAACAUCAUGAUGUUUUCCACAAAGAUUUACCUGUAAAAUAUUGCCAGGAAACACUUGGUUUUGAUGCUGGAAAAAGUGAAAAUAAAGUGUCGGUUUCCUCCAACAAUUUAUCAUCAUCAGCCUCUGCUGCUGAAGUGAAAUACACAGAACCUUCCAUUCCAGAAUCUGGCUUUUCUAAUUAUGGUAAAAAACCUGAACCAGUUGAUUUAAGUGCUUUGACAGUUUUAAUGGACAAAGGCGAUCAGUGUACUAGAUUGCCAUUAGACCAAUUCACAGAAUUAUUUAAUAUUUUCCCAAAAGUUAUUUUAGAAGAUGAAAUGAAGAAAUGAAAUUCCUUGUUGCAGAUUGUUUAGACAUCUAAUAACAUUUGUUUCAUAAAUUUUCAUGUUCAUUGGAGCAUAAUCCAUUUUUCCCAUUUAUUUUAUUGAAUAAAUCGCAUGUCAAAAAUUUCUUUGAGAUUUCACUGUUUUCAAAUGAUUGCAAUUUCUUUAAUCAAAUAAAAACAAGUUUUUACACUA